AUGCCGCGAGUUCUCACUCUACAACACAUUGAAGGCGGUAAGCCCGGAGAAGUCUACUAUCCCAUCCAAAUCAAAGAGGUUCCCAAGCCUACUCCAGGGCCUGGUCAGCUCCUCGUCCGCAUCUCCGCCGCGGCCCUCAACCACAGAGACCUCUUCAUCCGCCGCCACCAAUACCCUGCCAUCUCCUUCACCACACCGUUGUUUGCCGACGGCUAUGGAACCGUCGUCGAGAUCGGGCCCAACGUCACUCGCAAGGACCUGCUCCACAAGCCUGUGCUGUUGACGCCCAUGCGGGGAUGGGAAUCCAACCCUGCCGGACCCGAAGACCCUCGCAAGUAUGCCGUCAUUGGUUCCAGCAAGAUCACAGAAGCCGGAACCGGGCAGGACUACAUCGUCGUGCCCGAAGACGAAGUCGAGCCGGCUCCGGAGCACCUUUCGCCGGGCGAGGGUGCCGCGUUGCCGCUCGUGGGACUCACGGGAUGGAGGGCGCUGGUGACCAAGAGCGGCGCCGCCUUUCCGGGCAGCAACAUCCUGGUGACAGGAAUCGGAGGUGGCGUCGCGCUCGCUGUUCUCCAGUUUGCCGUUGCCUUUGGAAGCAAUGUCUACGUCUCAUCCAGCGACCCGGCCAAGCUUGAGCGAGCCAAGGCUCUGGGCGCAAAGGGAGGCAUCAACUACAGGAAUGAAGCGUGGGAAAAGGACCUGGCUGCUCUCCUUCCCAAAGACCGCCCUUAUCUCGACGCCGUGAUUGAUGGCGCUGGCGGCAAGCUCGUCUCCAAGACCGUCCGCCUUCUCAAGCCUGGCGGCGUCAUCGCACAGUACGGCAUGACGGUGUCUCCCAAGAUGGACUGGUUGAUGCAGGCUGUGCUGGCCAACGUGGAGCUCAAGGGCAGCACAAUGGGAUCAAAGCAGGAAUUCAAAGACAUGGUGGCGUUUGUCAAGGAAAAGAAGAUUACGCCGAUUAUUAGCAAGACGAUCAAGGGCCUUGGGAACCUUGACGCCCUCAACGAGCUGUUCCGAGAAAUGGACGAAGGGAAGCAGUUUGGCAAGCUAGUUGUUGAGUUUGGUUCCGACGUCUCCUCUCCAAAGCUGUAA